GCAGGGCUCUCGCUCCCAGUCUCUCCGAGGGGCUGGGGCGAGUCAGCACACGGAGCCGCCCAGCUGGGAUCGGAGCCUCGAGCGGCCGGGGGAGCUGGGCCGAGCCAGCGCUGAGGAUGGAGAAGAGCCGCCCGAGCGUGCAGGGUCCCUCCAGGGUCCUGCUCCUGCUCCUGCUCCUGCUGGCCCUGCUGCGCGGCCCGCCCUGGGCGCAGGCAGCCAAGCCGGUGGAUGUGCUGCGGGCGCUGGGGGUGCAGGAUGGCAGGGACGGCGUCUCCAUUGCGGCCGGGAUCUGCACCCAGCGUCGUGGGGCCGAGGAGAGCGACUUUGCCUUCCGCCUGGAGAACAGCACCCAGCUCAGCGCCCCCACCCGUCAGCUCUUCCCAGAUGGCCAUUUCCCCGAGGAUUUCUCCAUCCUGGCGACGCUGCGGGCCCAGCGGGGCAGCCAGGCCUUCCUGCUGUCGCUGUACGACGAGCGCGGGGUGCAGCAGCUGGGCGUGGAGAUCGGCCGCUCGCCCGUCUUUCUUUACGAGGACCAGGCUGGGCAGCCGGCACCGGAGAGAUACCCGCUCUUCAGCAGGGUCAGCCUGGCCGACGGCAAGUGGCACCGCGUGGCGCUGAGCGUGGAGGGCACCAACGUGUCGCUGCUGGUGGAUUGCCAGGCGCCCCUGACGCUGCCUCUGGAGCGUGGGCCCCGGCCCGUCGUCAGCACCGCAGGCAUCACCCUGCUGGGGACCCGGCUGCUGGACGAGGAGGUGUUCCAGGGCGAUGUCCAGCAGCUGCUGAUCUCUCCAGACCCCCGGGCAGCCCUGCACUACUGCGAGAGCUUCAUGCCGGGGUGCGACGUGCCGCUGCCCUACGGCCUGCUGGGCCUGUACCCCGAGGAGAGCGGGCCGGAGCCCACGGCUGCCUCCGCCCGGAGGAAGGGCAGGAAGGGCAAACGCAGGGGCAAAGGCAAGAAGAAGAGGAACAAGGAGCAGCUAGACACCGCGCCCACUGCGGGGCCAGGCCAGGAGGCCCCGACCCAAGCAGCCUCUGCAUUGGAGGUGACCCCAUCUGGGGAGGAGCACGUCACCCCUCUGCCUGGGACCGCCCCUGCCAGCACCGUGACCAUCAGUCUGAACCUGCCCGAGGCCUACGAGGACCUGGGAGAGGAGCACAGGAUCUGGGUGGACGGGGACCCUGGGGCCAACAGCACCGAACUCCCCGACUACACCCUGAGGGAGUAUGAGGAGAACAACGACGGGGAGCCCCCGGGCCAUGACACCAGCCAGGAGCGCUACGACCCUGCCGAGCGACGGGAAACCCUGCGCCAGGCCACCCGGGAACCUGGCCAGAAGGGGGAGAAGGGGGAGCCGGCUGCCAUCGAGCCCGGCCGGCGAUUCGAGGGGCCGCCAGGAGCCCCGGGCCCAGCGGGGGAGAUGGGCCCCCCAGGGCCGGUGGGGCCGGCAGGGCUGCCGGGGGACCCUGGCGAGCAGGGCCCUGCGGGGCGGCCGGGGCUGCUGGGAGCCGCCGGGGGCCAGGGGCCUCCGGGGACCAUGAUCAUGCUGCCGUUCCAGUUCGGUGGCGACUCACCCAAGGGCCCCAUGGUGUCGUUCCAGGAGGCCCAGGCGCAGGCCGUCCUGCAGCAAGCCAAGCUCUCCAUGAAGGGACCCCCAGGCCCCAUGGGCUUGACCGGCCGGCCGGGCCCCCUGGGCCUCCCUGGAAAUCCCGGCCUGAAAGGGGACUCGGGAGACAUGGGGCCUCAGGGACCGCGGGGGAUGCAGGGCCCACCCGGCCCGCCAGGGAAAGGGGGCAAACGGGGUCGCUCUGGGGCGGAUGGUGCCAGGGGUCUCCCGGGGGACACCGGACCCAAGGGCGACAGGGGCUUCGAUGGGCUGCCGGGGCUGCCGGGCGAGAAGGGUCUCAAGGGGGACGUGGGGAAGCCGGGGCCCCCGGGCCCCCCAGGAGAGAAUGGAGCCAAGGGCUUGGGCGGCCUGCCAGGACCCAGGGGGCAGCCUGGGGAACCCGGUGUGCGCGGCUUGGUCGGCUCCCGUGGCCCCCCUGGCCCCCCAGGACAGCCGGGCGUGAGUGGCAUGGACGGCGCGCCUGGGCCCAAGGGCAACGUGGGAAUCCAGGGGGAGCCGGGCCCCCCCGGCCAGCAGGGGACCCCAGGACCCCAGGGCCUGCCUGGCCCCCAAGGGCCCGUCGGGAUGCCGGGAGGGAAGGGCCCGCCUGGGAAGCGGGGCAUGCAGGGCGUGGCUGGUGCCGAUGGCCCCCCCGGUCACCCGGGCAGAGAGGGGCCGGCGGGGGAGAAAGGGCUCCAGGGCACAGCUGGCGCCGUGGGACCCGUUGGUUACCCAGGCCCCCGUGGGGUCAAGGGGGCCUUCGGAGCCAGGGGCCUGAAGGGAAGCAAAGGGGAGAAGGGAGAAGACGGAUUCCCCGGCUUCAAGGGUGACAUGGGCCACAAGGGCGACAGGGGCAAUGCGGGGCCGCUGGGGCCACGGGGGGAGGAUGGCCCCGAGGGGCUGAAGGGCCAGCAGGGUCCCGUGGGGGAGGCGGGCGCCUCCGGCCCAGCGGGGGAGAAGGGGAAGUUGGGUGUGCCAGGCCUGCCGGGCUACCCUGGCCGCCAGGGUCCCAAGGGCUCUGCUGGCUUCCCGGGCCCCCUGGGGCUCGCAGGGGAGAAAGGAAAGAGGGGCAAGGCUGGCCAGGCCGGGCAGACGGGAGAGCGUGGACCUCCGGACCUGCCAGGGGAGCGAGGCCAGAUGGGGCUGACGGGGAAGCCGGGCCCGAAGGGCGACGCCAGCCAUGAUGGGGCCCCUGGAGCUGGGGGGGAGAAGGGCCCCCAGGGACCACAGGGCCCCAACGGUUUCCGAGGCCCAAAGGGGCCGCCCGGCCCGGCCGGGAAGGACGGGCUGCCCGGACACCCAGGACAGCGCGGGGAGCCGGGAUACCACGGCAAGACCGGCCCCCCCGGCCCCACGGGGGUGGUGGGACCCCAGGGUAGCUCGGGCGAGACGGGCCCCAUUGGAGAGCGGGGGCAUCCGGGUCCCCUGGGCCCCCCUGGGGAGCAGGGGCUGCCAGGGGCUGCCGGCCGGGAAGGGGCCAAGGGCGACCCUGGCCCGGCUGGCCUGCCGGGGAAGAGCGGCCCCCCGGGAAUCCCUGGCUUUCCUGGUGCCAGGGCCGCGCCCGGCGAGACGGGUCCAGCCGGCCUGAAGGGCAGAGAGGGGCCUCCCGGGCCCCUGGGCCCCACAGGCUCCCCUGGCGAGCGAGGCCCCUCAGGGGCAGCUGGAGGCAUCGGGCUGCCAGGCCAUGGGGGGGAGCAGGGCCCCUCUGGUCCCGCUGGGGAGAAGGGCGCCCCGGGCGAGAGGGGCCCGAUGGGCCCUGCCGGGCGUGACGGGAUCCAGGGGCUCAGGGGCCUGCCAGGCCCAGCCGGACCCCCGGGCCCCGCGGGCGAGGAUGGCGACAAGGGGGAGCUGGGGGGCCCCGGACAGAAAGGAAGCAAGGGGGACAAGGGGGAGGCGGGCCCACCAGGACCGACCGGUAUCCAGGGACCCAUCGGGCACCCCGGCUCCGCGGGAGUGGACGGAGAGCCCGGCCGCCGCGGGCAGCAGGGGAUGUUUGGCCAGAAGGGAGACGAGGGGGCACAGGGAUUCCCUGGCUUGAGCGGCCCUGUUGGAUUGCAGGGCAUGCCGGGCCCGCAGGGAGAGAAGGGUGAGAGUGGAGAUGUCGGCCCCAUGGGCCCCCCCGGGGCUGUGGGGCCACGUGGGGCGCAGGGACCUGCUGGUGGCGAAGGCCCCCAGGGGAUGCCAGGUGGAACGGGUCAGCCGGGCGCUGUCGGGGACAAGGGGGAGCCGGGCGAGGCGGGAGACCCUGGGGCCCCAGGGGAGCCGGGCCG